AUGGCACCCUCAUACGAGAACCUUCCUAUGGAAGAUGACGAAUUCGACGAAUCUCAAAUCGAUUUUACCGAUCUCGAAGAACAGUACCAAGUGCGCUUAGAUGAGGGGUUGGACGCUUUCGUGGUCAUCGACGGCUUGCCCGUCGUGCCGGAAGACAGCAAAGCCAAGCUGAUAAAAUUCGUGCUGAGGAAGUUGAACUCAGUGGGGAAGGUCAAGGACGACGGGGUCUUCAUGCCGCUGGGCGACGAUGGCAAGACUGAGGGUUAUGCCUUCGUCGAGUACAACGCGCCGAGCGAGGCCAUCGCGGCCGUCAAGCAGCUCCACGGCACCCCGCUAGACAAGAGGCAUACCAUGGCGGUCAACAAGCUUACGGACAUCGACCGCUAUGGCCGCGAAGGCCGCAUCGACGAGGAAUACCACGAGCCCCACAUCGAGUCGUUCCAGCAGACAGAUCAUCUGCGGUCGUGGCUUGGAGAUCCGGAGGGACGUGACCAGAUGGUCAUGUUCCGCGGCGAGAAGGUGGGCGUGUUCUGGAACAACAAGGAAGAGGCGCCGGAGGCAGUCGUUGAUCGCGAGAACUGGACUGAGUCGUUCGUGCAGUGGUCGCCGCAGGGCACAUUCCUCACCUCGAUGCAUGCGCAGGGUGUGCAGCUGUGGGGCGGUAAGGCAUGGAGCAGGCAAAAGCGGUUUGCGCAUCCCGGCGUGAACCUGGUGGACUUCUCGCCAACCGAAAAGUACAUCACUACCUGGUCACACCGGCCUCUUCAGGUCGACGAGAACCAUCCGGUCCCAUCGCUUUCCCUGGAAGAGGAUGGCAAGAACUAUAUCAUCUGGGACAUUGCCACCGGCAAGCCCCUGCGGUCCUUCACUACCCUCGACGUACCGAGCACAACCGACGCGGAGGGUAACCCAGUGAAGAAGAAGAUGCAGUGGCCGACAUUCAAAUGGUCAUCAGACGAUAAGUUUGUCGCUCGAAUGAUCCAAGGCCAAUCCAUCUCCAUCUACGAACUUCCUCGGAUGAACCUUCUGGACAAACAGGCCAUCAAGAUUGAGGGCGUGAUGGACUUUGAGUGGGCUCCUGCGACGCCGAAGCGAGAGGGUAUCAAAACCUACGAGCAGCUCUUCUGCUACUGGACUCCUGAGCUUGGCAGCAACCCUGCUAAGGUCGGUCUCAUGACGGUCCCGACAAAAGAGAUCGUCCGUACCCGAAACCUCUUCAACGUUUCCGACGCCAAGCUGCACUGGCAGUCAGACGCCGCCUACGUUUGCGUCAAGGUCGAUCGCCAUUCCAAGUCCAAGAAAUCUCUCGCCACAAAUCUGGAGAUCUUCCGCAUCAAGGAGAAGGGUGUGCCAAUCGAAGUCGUUGACUCUCUUAAGGAUACCGUCAUCAACUUCGCCUGGGAACCUCAUGGUAACCGCUUCGUGCUCAUCACGACCGGCGAAAUCCCAGCUCAGUCGGCAGUUCCUCCCAAGACCUCUGUAUCCUUCUUCGCUCCCGAGAAGAUUAAAGGUGGAGCUGUUGGCAACUUCCGCCAUGUCCGCACCAUCGAGAAGAAGAACAGCAACGCCAUCUACUGGUCACCCAAGGGCCGCUUCGUUGUUGUUGCCACUCUUCAGUCCCAACAGUCUUUCGACCUCGAUUUCUGGGACCUCAGCUUCGACAAGCCAAAGGAAGAGUCAGAAAAGGGCGAGAAGGAGCUGAACGCUAAUUUGCAGCUCAUGGAUACGGUCGAGCACUACGGUGUCACUGACAUCGAGUGGGACCCUUCAGGCCGCUAUGUUGCCACUGUUGCAAGUGCCUUCAGGCACCGCAUGGAAAACGGCUACCACAUGUACGACUUCAGGGGCAGCCUCCUCCGCGAAGAGCACAUCGACCACUUCAAGCAGCUGAUCUGGCGUCCGCGACCCCCGACUCUCCUCACCAAGGAAGAGCAGGCCGAGAUCCGCAAGAACCUCCGCAACUACUCCAAGAUCUUCGAAGAGCAGGAUUUGGCUAAGAAGAACACUGCGAACAAGGCGGUCGUGGAUGCUCGUAGGAGAAUGCUGCAGGAGUGGCUCGCUUGGCGCGAGAGCAUGAGGCAGAUGCUAGAGGAGGAGGGCGCGGAGAUUGAGCUUAACGCUGGGCGCGUGAAGCAGGAUACAGAUGAUGAGGUCGAGGAGGUCGAAGAGAUUGUUGAGGAGAUCAUUGAGGAGACCGAGGAAGUUAUCGGUUGA